GAGGCGCAUCCCCGCCAUGUGCUUUUAGGGUUAACAUGACAAAAGAGAACUCUGUCUUUAGCGGGUUCUCAUUGCGUUCGCUGCCUCGGGUUUCCCCAGGUUGUGCGAAUGGGACUUGGUUAGGCCGGGCUUGUCUUCCUUCACGUGCGCUAUUGCUGGCAGCGUCCCUACUUGGGGGGCAGGGCGAGCUCAAGUGCCGGGUAUUAAGGUGCCUCGUAACUUCCGAUUAUUGGAAGAGCUUGAAGAAGGGCAGAAAGGUGUGGGUGACGGCACAGUCAGCUGGGGCCUUGAAGAUGAUGAAGAUAUGACACUCACUCGGUGGACAGGAAUGAUAAUUGGACCCCCUAGGACAAAUUAUGAAAAUAGAAUUUACAGCUUAAGAUUAGAAUGUGGACCUAAAUAUCCAGAAGCCCCACCGACAGUUAGGUUUGUAACAAAGAUGAAUAUGAACGGAAUAAAUAAUUCCAAUGGCACGGUGGAUUAUCGAAGCAUACCUGUUUUAGCUAAGUGGCAAAACUCCUUUAGCAUUAAAGUCUUGCUUCAAGAACUUAGACGCCUCAUGAUGUCCAAAGAAAAUAUGAAGCUUCCACAGCCACCAGAAGGACAAACCUACAACAAUUAAUUCAUAUGGAAUGAUUUCUGUACUUCCCCUGUUGCCCCCACCACAUAUUAUGGAUGGGCCUGCAAUGUCAGUUGUUGCAUGCCUUUCCACCUGAGAGGGAUGACCCUUUUGGCCCUAGCAAACCUAUUCUGGGCACAAUUUGCACAUGAUUCAUAUGCCUGAAUGUGUCUCACAGUUUUAAAGACUCCCAGUUAUGGAUAUUGUAUGCAACACAAGUAGAUGAUUUAUUCUCAUGUUGCAGCCUUUACCCCUUUCAUUCAAGAAUAUGUUUAAAUUUUAUUUGGGGUUAAAGGUUGUUUUAAAAACAAAAAAACAAACAAAAGGAAUUUAUUUCUUCCAUUAUAAUGUUAAUUGCAGAUCACAGCACUGAUUGUUGAAAUAAUCACAUCUCGGUUGUUUCUAAAGAGCAGCAGUUCAUGUUCUGGUAUUAACUGAAAGCAACCUGUUCUUGUGUAUAUGUCUAUAUAAAUAUAUACACACAAGUAAAUAAUCUCUGUGCUGCAGCAGAGCCCCAGAUAAUAUCUGAAAGUGGUAAUGUUAGUUUCCUUUUACUUUUUUUUUCUGCCCUUUUAACCCUUUAGCUUUAUCCCUUUGCCACGUCUAUUGCCUUUUAGUUGACUCUGAAUGUUUCACUGACCAAAGAUGAUGCAAUGAUGUCAGUCGUGCAGCGUCUACAAAAAAUACAGUUUCUCAUUUAGGAUAUUGUGGCUCUUUCAGGCUGCCUUCCCUUAAAUUAGUCUUUCACUUGCAGUUUGGGAGGUGUAUCUUUUAUUUUAAUAUCAAAUUCCUAUUUUCUAUUUAUUUUUUAACUGGUACUCUUAUUUGUGUUUGUAGGUUUUUGCUUUGCAGAACAUGAAAUCUAUUAAAACUUAAGAGGCAGAAUUCACCCAACCGAA